AAUACUCAACGUGAGACGAGCUUAUUCCGUAUAUUAGAUAUUUAUUAUUUUUUUUGUAAAAAGAAUAAACAAAACAAUGGUUUUACAAUGAACAUCCAACGAUCAAUGAGAGUUCCUACUGUUAAAUAAAACUAAUAAAUAUCAUUAGACUUUAGUGUAAUUUGACUUUUUAUUAUUGAAUAGUGGAUGCUGCUUGUAACUGAAGGCUGAAAGAAUAAACCUAAAAAAAAAAAAAAAGAAAAAGAAGAAGAAGUGCAGAUAGGUAGACAGAACAGCAGAGAUGCGACAACGUCCUCGAGACUACUCGAGGUGGCUAGGUUGAAGGCCCGUUUUGAAUGUCGCCGAAUGUAAUUGAUUGACAAAUCUUCUUCUGACAACGAUUCUUAAGGAAGAUGAGUUCUUCAGAAGCUUGGGAAUUGGAAAGACGGUACUCGGUACCAGGAGCUUUAGAUACCAGAGGACUUGAACCACCAGCCAGUGAAGAUUUACAUGCAUGGUCUAUAUACAGGCAAAAUCUGAAUUCUGAUUUUACGGAUUCGGCGUUGGGUUCAGCUGAAAAAUCACCGUUGCCGUACGGUAACUUUCAACUUCGAGAUUCAACCGUACAAAGUAUACUAAGACAUCCGAGAUAUGGUCCAAAGAGUCCACUUGCCAAUAAUUCGUAUACAUAUUUAAAAUUUGGCCUACCACGUGUAUUACCACCAACUUCGCGCAAUCGUGAUGGUUCCAGUGGUUAUGAUUCUAGCGAGGAAGGUCGUCGUAUGUCUCAAAUUGGUGCAGCAUCUGCACCAGGUACUUCGGCAAUGCGUUCUGCUAGAAGUGAUCCAGAUUUUAGACACGUGCAUGCUUUACCUAGGGAACAAGCACACUCUCAACUUACGGUAAGCAGGGAUAAUGCACGGUUCAGAAGUGUCAGUGAAGCUAAUUUACUUCAUAAUGCUGUUACGACUAAUCGACGACACAGUAUUGCACCAAUCGAUCCCGGUUAUUCAGGACCUAGUCACAAUGUUUUAAGACCCGAAGAUUAUGCAAUGUCAUUGAGAUCUGUACCUUGCAUUCAGCAUCCACACUUACAACUUCGUGGUGUAGAAACUACAGGUUCUAAUGGUUUACCAUUACUUCGUGGUAUUAGUUUGGAAGUUGGAGCAACUGAAGUAUUGGCUAUUAUGGCAACUACUGAAAAAGAAGGGACACAAAUUAUAGAAACAAUUGCUGGCAAAAAAGCUAUCAGGAAAGGUGAUAUUCUUUUGAACGGCCGAUCUGUAUCAGCUCGUAUUUUGAGAUCUCGUGUUGCAUAUUUACCAACGGAAUGUGGAUUGACUCCGGGUUUGACGACACAACAAACUUUACAUUUUUAUAUGCUAUUAAAAGGUGGUGUUAAUAUUACGUCAUUAGAAACUGAAGCAAUAUUAUUGGAACUUGGAUUAGAAGCAACGAAACAUUGUCUAGUUAAUACUUUGACGACGUCCGAGGCACGAAGAUUAGCUUUAGCUUGUCGUCUUUUGCAAGAUUCUUAUAUUCUUACAUUAGACAGACCUACACAUGGCUUAGACAUUUUUGAUGCUUUCUUCUUGGUUGAAUACUUAAGACAAUGGGCUGGAAGAGAACACAGAGUUGUUAUUCUAACAUUACAUCCACCAACUUAUGAAAUAUUAACAAUGGUAUCCAGAGUCACUCUCACUUCGGGUGGUAGAAUUAUGUAUUCUGGACUUAGAAGAGAUAUGUUGCCAUAUUUUGCACUUGCUGAAUUUCCCUGUCCGUCAUUUAAAAAUCCGUCAGAUUAUUAUCUUGAUCUGGUAACUUUGGACGAUUUAUCAGCAGAAGCAAUGUUAGAAUCUUCACAAAGAAUAGAUCAUUUAGCAGAAUUAGCUAGAACUAGAUUACCAGCUUUAAGCGAUCCUGGACCACCUUGUCCACUACCACCAGCUAUUUCUAAUGCUAAUAUAUUUUUACAUAUUUAUGCUCUGUUACUGAGGAUUCUUAUCUACAGUCAACCAUUAACAAUGACAAAAAUGCUUCAGAAAAUAGUUAUCUCAGCAUCUCUCAGUAUUUUACUUGGUGCAAUAUUUUGGAACGUUGCUAGAGAUUCUAAUUUAUAUCUGAGAGAUAGAAUAGGCUUUCAUUAUGCCAGUUUAGGUAUUUUUUCUUGGCCUCUUAGUAUUUUAGCUAUGCGUGAAGUUGCUAAUUGUAGACCAAAUGUUGAAAGGGAUAUCAGAGAUGGACUCUAUGGAAGAUUUGUUUAUAUCUUUAUAGAGCUAUGCUUUGGUUUGCCAAUUUGGUGUUUGGUAUAUUUAGUAUACUUAGCACCAGCAUUUGCAAUGUGUGGAUUACAUCUUGUACCUGACGAAAAUUUAACAUCAUUGUGGAAUUAUCUUGCUAUUGGUUUGUUAUAUCUGAUGUUACAACACUUGAUAUGCAUAUUUUUUGCUCAUAUAUGCAGAUGGACAUAUCUUGCAGCAUUAUGUUCUGGUAUUAUUAUUGGAGAAUUAAGUUUGGCUGCUGGAGUAACAUUACAUUUAGACAAUUUACCAUUGUGGUAUCGACAAAUUAGUCCAAUGCGAUGGGCAUUAUCUUUAUUACUUCCCCCUCUUCAUGGACCAGAAAGUAUGAGCAAAUUAACUAACUGUAAACCUAAACAAGUUCAACGUCAAGAUAUCAUUUUUCAAACAACGUGUGAGCCAUCGGAUGGAAAUUUGGCGUUACUUGAAAUUGCAUUAGAUAAAUUUGAUCUACAAAUAGAAUUAUGGAUGGGUGUUGGAGUUAUUAUACUUGUUAUACUUAUUAUGUUAGCAUUUUUAAGUAUUAAGUAUAAUACUUUGAAACGACCUCGAAGUGCACCGAAUAAACCUUAAGAGAUGUUAAUCGUGUGGUUAGAUGAUUUAUUUAUUGUCAUCUACCUCGAUGUAAUAUCUCAAAAAAAAAAUGGCAGAUUUUAACAGAAAGGAUCAGUGAACUUAAAUAAGAUUGAAAUGUAACGAGACACAAGAAGCUUGCUACAAUUGUAAUUAUGAUCAAAAAUUUGGUCAAAAAUGAAUACGCUUAAUGAUCUAUAAUUUUAAGUUUU